GUUCAUAGUCAUAUCACCCUAACCACCCGUUAGUUUUCACUAUACCGACAGGUGACGUGUGACGUAAGACUGUGGGGCGAACUGUAAUCGAUUUGUGAUACUGAAAGAAUCAAGAUGGAAGAUGACUACCAAACAGUUUUCCUUGAAAAUAAGACACCUGGUUUGAAAAACAACGGAUCUGUAGUUUCAGCUGGAAUUUUUAUGGAUGUGACGUUUGUAGGAAUACCGUUAAAUAUCACUUUAGCUUUCAUCAGCGUUCUCAUUGUAUAUUUCCUCACACGAAAGGUUAUUUGGGGAAAACAGGAUGACUUUAACAGCGGGAAAAAAUCUAAUCAACAACGGUGGGGCCAGGAUUGUGAAGACAGUCUCCCACUCAAUGAAGAUGACGUAUCUUUAUUCUCCAUGUUGACAUAUGACUGGGUAGAACCACUUCUCGAUAAGGGAAGCAGCAGGCCCAGCCUCACUUCCAAAGACAUGUUCACCAUGCCAAACAGUCUGAACGUCAAAAAUGUACAAGAGAAAUUCUGUAAAACACUCAAAACUGUUGAGAACAUCAGUAAACAGACCAACAAGAAAAAACACAACUUGCUAAAGGGAUUAUACAAAGCAUACGGAUUAGACUUUCUUCUUCUUUGUGGUUUAUUAGAGUUACUUGCACACCUUAUAGACUUCACCAGUCCAAUAACACUAAAUUGGUUGAUAUCCUUUUUCGAAAAUGAUAACGAGCCAGCGUACGUCGGAUAUCGCUAUGUGUUUUUAUUGUUCUUGUCGACAUUCGGAAAAACUCUUGUAGACAGCAGAUUUCACUAUGUCCGUAUGCAUGUCAUAUUUAAAACAAGGAUUUCAAUCAUGACAACAGUCUACCAGAAAGCAAUGAGGAUAAGUACUGUAGCUUUAUCAAAGUUCAGCACUGGUGAGAUUGUUAAUUUUCUAGGAACUGAUACAAACCGGAUAUUACAGAUGCUUUCUUGCUUCCAUACUCUAUGGAGUCUUCCGUUGGAAACCAUUAUAUGUAUGUACAUCCUGUAUCAACUGGUUGGAGUCGCAUUCAUGGGAGGACUGAUAGUUGCUUUAGGACUUGUUCCUAUAAACAAGAUCGUAUCGACGAAGCAGAUUACUCUUGGUAAGGUACUAAUGAAGCAGAAAGACAAUAGAACAAAGAUGAUUAACGAGGUCCUGGGAGGAAUCAAGACAAUCAAGCUAUACACAUGGGAAAAUCACUUCCAGAAAAUGAUUGCCAAUCUUCGUGAUGCAGAAUUAUAUACCAUUAGACAACGAAAGAUAAUUUCUGCCAUAUCAUCAUUCCUGUGGACACUGACUCCCAUACUGAUGACUGUACUGACUUUCACUAUAUAUUCUAUGAUAGGAAAAGCGAUAACCGCCGCCAAGAUGUUUACCUGCCUGGCGCUGUUUAUGAAACUUCUUGGAUCUCUAAAUGAUCUGCCCUAUACAUUCAAUAGCAUAAUGCAAGCAGUCAUUUCCCUUGAAAGGAUUGAGAGAUUUGUAGCUUUGGAAGACAUCGACUUCAACAAAUAUUACGAACAUAAGCAAGAAUCGAAGAAGGCCAAUACUGUGAUAUCGGUAAACGCAGGAAAAUUUACAUGGAAAGAGAAGAGCAUUGAAACAGAUGGGGAACCAGCUUGUAAAUUAGUGCCCUUUACUCUUCGAGAUAUUACUGUCCAUGUAACAGAGGGCCAGUUUAUAGGAGUAAUAGGCAAAGUUGGUUCGGGAAAAAGUUCCCUUCUGGACGCAAUACUUGCUGAGAUGGGUCGAGAAGAAGGCGAUAUUUCUGUGUCUAACCUAAAAAGCGGGUUUGGCCUUGUGGGUCAGGAACCUUGGAUACAACAAGCUACCGUGCGGGAUAAUAUUACAUUUGGUAGUCCAUUUAACGCUAGGAGAUAUGCAGAGGUUCUGGAUGCAGCAUCACUGAAGAAAGACAUAUUGAUGUUACCGGCUGGAGACAGGACAGAAGUUGGUGAGAAAGGUGUUACAUUGAGUGGAGGUCAAAAAGCCCGACUGGCCUUAGCUAGAGCAUUAUACCAGGAUAAGGAUGUGUAUCUCCUUGACGAUCCAUUGGCUGCAGUAGAUGCUCACGUGGCACAACAUAUAUAUGACAACUGCAUCAUGGGAAUGCUCAGAACAAAGACCAAAGUCCUUUGCACACACCACGCGAAAUUUCUAGGCAAAGCAGAUAUAGUCAUUGCAAUGGAUGAUGGAGUAAUCUCCAAAAUGGGGCUCCCAGGUGAUGUUCUGGAUGAUAUAAAGUUUGCUGAACACAAACCAACCAACAUCAAAGACUUGGUAUUAGAUCACUUUGAUAAUACCGAAAAUGACGGGAAACUAGGAGAGGAGACCAAGGCGACUGGUGAGAUGGAGUUAAGAGUGUACAAAUCAUUUCUAGCAUCGCUUGAACAAUGGUUAGUCCCAGCCAUGAUGGUGUCUUUCAUCGUUAUGCAAGCAUUUGAGAAGAUGAAGAGCUGGUGGUUAACCCACUGGGUCUCAAGUACUGCUGUUGACAAUAACAACAUUUCAGUUUCCAGAGAGUUCUGCUUCCAUGACAACAUGUCUUCACCAAUCAGUUUCAGUAAAGGCUAUGGCACUACAGUUCAGGUAACACACAGCCUUACAGGUCUGGGGUACUACAUGGCGGUGUAUAUGUGUCUAGCUGGUGUUUAUGCUGUCGCAAUGCUGGUCAGGGAAUUUCUCUUUGUCUAUGGCGGGAUGAGUAUAGCUAAGACUAUGCAUAACGACUUGCUCAAAAGCAUCCUCAAGGCGCCGAUGGCCUUUUUCGAUAUUACUCCCGUAGGGCGAAUUCUGAACAGAUUUUCAUCGGAUAUGGAUGUCAUCGACGAUCCCAUCAGCAAUGGAAUCAAGGUGGUUUUAACCCAACUCUUCGGUAUUGCUGCAGGUAUCCUCGUCGCUUGCUAUGGAAUGCCUUGGUUCUGCUUAGUGCUUCUACCAGUGGCAUUGCUCUACUACUAUAUACAAGAGAGAUAUCGUCAUACAUCUCGGGAAGUUAGACGACUUGCAAGUCUCAACCGCUCACCUAUCUUCUCCCACUUCUCGGAGACUGUGUCCGGAGUUGUCACUAUCCGGGCUUUCCGAGAAACGGAAAGAUUUAAAGACCAACAUCUACACCGUGUGAACAACUGGUUAAGAACCCAUUAUACAUCCCAUAAUAUCUCAAUUUGGCUCUUACUACGAACGCAGAUUGUUGGAAUUGUCAUGGUGACAGGAAUUGCAUUUUUGGCUGUGAUGCAACACAACAUCUUGGGUAUCGACCCAGGAGUUGCUGGACUUGCUCUUUCCUACACGCUUACACUUUCUGGUCGGCUGUAUCGAAUUGUAACCUGUGUGACUGAGGUGGAGAAACAAAUGGUCAGUGUAGAGAGGGUCCAACAGUAUAUCGAGGACACACCCAGCGAGAAAUGGGAAGGUUCAAAGCCAAUUUCACCCUGGCCAGCCGCAGGGGUCAUCAGCUAUAGUGACGUGUAUAUGAAGUACCGAGAUGGGUUACCUAACGUCCUAAAAGGCCUUAUGUUCAGCACACGACCUGCAGAAAAGGUGGGAAUUGUGGGACGUACUGGAUCCGGGAAGUCCAGCCUUUUCCAGACACUGUUUCGUACAGUAGAGAUAAGCUCUGGCGAUAUUACCAUUGAUGGAGUGAGCAUCCAGCAACUGGAUCUUAAAGACGUCAGACGCCACAUGGCUGUGAUUCCUCAGGAUCCGUUCCUCUUUAGUGGAACCGUCAGGAAUAAUCUGGACCCCACGUCCUCCUACAGUGACGAGGAACUUUGGGGUGUUCUGGACAGAUGUCAUCUGCGUGUGCCUGUCGACAGAUUGGGGGGUCUAGAGGGAGAAGUGGGAGAAAAAGGACGAUAUUUUUCUGUAGGACAGAAACAACUCAUGUGUCUGGCCCGAGCGCUUCUCACUAAGGCAAAGGUACUGUGUAUAGACGAAGCUACAGCCAGUGUAGAUCUAAAGACAGAUCAGUUGAUACAAGAAACGAUCCGCCAGGAGUUCGUGGACAGUACCGUGUUAACCAUUGCCCAUCGUAUCAACACUAUAAUGGACAGUGACAGAGUGUUGGUGAUGGACCAGGGUCAAGUGGCUGAACUGGACUCUCCAGAAAAUCUUCUAAAAGAUCAGGAGUCUGCAUUCUACAAGCUUGUUCAUGGGGAAAACUCUAACGAAUUAAUCAGUAGUUGAUGAAGACGUUUUCAUAUACAAAUAGGUAUACCAUGUGUGUAAAUCAUGAUUUGGUAGCCAUCAAUGCUAUCGUGUCAUUAAAUACGAUCUUUCUGUGUUAAUGGCUGGUCUAUUUAACCCAGUGUCGUCCGUAGUCGUGGCGCUGUUUGUUACCCAAUAUUUGGCAUUGACAAAUGAUCAAUGGGAACGCAUAAAAAUGUUGUUAACAGCAAAUGCAGUAACAUGAAUAAGUAUGUGCUCUUACUAAAUUAGACAGUUACUACAGACAACCUACUUACAUGUUCUAUGACUUGUUCUUACUUGGUGCUGAUGUUGAUAAACUAAGUUAAUUUCGGGAUGAGGGCGAAUGAGUAGGAAAUGCCUUGGUUAUAUCGGGCGAAUGCUACUGAUUGAAACGAAUAAAAGGUGGUAAAAGGAA